CAACUGAUAAAUACAGCCCAAGUGUUGUGCAGGAAACAUGAAGCUAACUGAGAUUUGCUGGAAACAUGGAAAACACUGCUAAGGUAACAAAAUCACCUGGUUCUGGGAAUUUGGAGACAACAGUUGAAGAGACAGACCAACAUUGGAUGUGGCCGACUGUUAAAACUGAAGAUGUUCAUCUCUCAGAUGAACCUCGAGUGUGGCCGAAUGGCAAGAUAGAAGAGCUAGACCUCCAAGUUGAUGCUUCAGAUGAACAAGUGCAUCACAGGGAAGAGAAGGAAAGGCAAACUGUGAAUCAGUUCAAAUCAGCUACCCGCAAAGACGACUUUGGACUCGGUUCUGAACAUCUGUUAGAACCACCUCCUGCAGAGUGCUCCGAAAGUUCUGAUGGUUGCCAAGCGUCCUCACCAGCUCUUGAGGAAGAUGAUUUUGCACAUACCAGUGAUGAAUCCACUUUUGGAUUCUCUUCACAGACAACUGAGAGUGCUACCAUGGCGAUAACACCUACCAGUUUUACUUCAGAAUCAUUUGAUGUGGAAUCGGCCAUGGAUGAAAGCGAUACUUCAGCACAAAGCAGAACUCAGAAGGGUGAAAAGUCAUACUCCUGUGAAACUUGUGGCAAAGGCUUCGCUGAGAAAUCUAGGUUAAGGGCACACAAUAGAAUACACACAGGUGAAAAACCUUAUGCCUGUAAGACCUGUGAUGCUAGAUUUGCAGAUCAGUCAACAUUGAGAGUACACACUAGAAAACACACAGGUGAAAGACCAUACACCUGUACAACUUGUGGGAAGAGCUUUGCACACGGAACAACCUUGAAAAACCAUAGUCGCACACACACACCUGAAAAACCUUGCAUCUGUGUUACUUGUGGGAAGAGCUUUAGAACUGAAUCCAUCUUGGAACAACAUGUCCAAAUGCACACAGUUGAAAGGCCCCACCUCUGUGAAACUUGUGGUAAAAGUUUUACUAAUGAUUUCGCAUUAAAAACACACAGUCGCACACACACAGGCGAAAAACCUUACACCUGUGCUACUUGUGGUAAAGGUUUUGGACAGAAAGGAUCAAUGGAAAGACAUGCUCUCUCACACACAGGUCAGAUACCGUACACCUGUAUCACCUGUGGUAAAAGAUUUACACACCAGUCAAGGUUGGCAAAACACAGUCUCAAACACACCAGUGCAAAACCAUUCAAGUGUGAAAGUUGUGGCAUGGGGUUUGUUAGUCAGUCAGAAUUGAAUAAACACAUUCCGAAACACACAGGUGAAAAACGGCACAAGUGUGAAAUUUGCGGCGUAAGCUACAUGUAUCGGACUUGUACUACUUGUGCUAAAAGCUUUGCAGAUAAAGGUAGUUUGGACAUACACGUUCGCUUACACACAGGUGAAAAGCCUUAUAUAUGUAAGACCUGCGACAGGGCCUUCGCCCAGUUGUCCGCUUUGGAAAAGCACAUUCACAGUCACAAACCUGAAACACUUUACACCUGUGUUACUUGUAACAGAAGCUUUGCUCAAAUGUGCACGCUGGAAAGGCACAGAUGCAGACACACAAGUGAAAAGCCCUACACCUGUAUUACUUGUGGUGAGAGGUUUGCAGACCAGCCCACACUGACAGUACACGCUGAGAAGCAUACAGGUGAAAAACAGUACCCCUGUGAAGUGUGCGGCAUAAGCUUUGUGCACGAGUCGUCAAUGCUUAGGCACAAACAGGAACAUUUUCCACCUGUGAUUUUUGUGGCGAAAGCCUUUCAGUUCAUUUCACCUACAGUGAACGAGACAGCAAUGAUGACAGGUGGUACACCUGCAAAAUUGUGAUACAUCUUACACCUGAAUACUAUAUUCAUCAUCUGUGGCAAAGUGGUCAGUGUGCAAGGAACCUGUGGAUGGUCGUGGGUCCCACUGUCCAGUAAAAUAUUACCGGCCUGGAUAGCACAGUUGGUAGAGCGUCCGCUUCGGGACCGGUAGAUCCAGGAUCAAUCCUGGGUCGAGUCACACCUAAGACUUUAAAAGAGGAAGUUGUAACUUCCUCGCUUGGCGUUCAGCAUGAAGGGGAUAGUGCAACGACUGGUUGACCCGUAUCAGUAUAAUGGCUCGGGCGGGGCGGCUUACUUGCCUUCGGUAAGUCGUCUCAGUGAUGCAGCACUAAAUAAAAGAGCGGUGGAAAUCCGCCCUGCAACAAGGAGGCACAUUACACGUGCAUGCACCCUAAUGAUUCCUUCGUCGUCAUAUGACUGAAAAAUUGUUGAGUACGACGUUAAACCCCAAGCACUCAAGCACUCACUCCAGUAAAAUAUUCAGAUUUUAAAAAAAAAAAUUUUCAACUGAGUAAAGUGUUUUCAAAGCAUCAGAUUCUCUGUAGUGACCCGUGGGUAUCAGUGAUGUCACAUAGGUAUGUUUUGCCUGAAAUACUCUGUUUCAAGUUUCAUUUGGCGAAUGCAUUUAUAAACAGUAGGUUUAUGCAUUUUGAAUAAUGAAAUGUAGCACUCGGUGUGUUUUAAAUGGCAAAAACCUGAUGUGAUGUGACGCCCCCAUAUGAUCCAGAAAGGCCACCAUAGACUCCAAAGUUUCAAAUGCCUUUUAGUAGGUCAAAUAAAAACAUGAAUAGGCGUUUUUUGUAGGAACAGUGUUUAGUGUUUUUUCAUCUGGCAUACAUGUACACUUCAUGUUAGUGUUUUCUUUGCCUUAAAUACAAUAAAAUGAGCGUAAUGACUCAGGAGCCUCCCACCAAUGCGGUCGCUGUGAGUUUAAGCCCAGCUCAUGCUGGCUUCCUCUCCGGCCGUAUGUGGGAAGGUCUGUCAGCAACCUGCGGAUGGUCAUAGGUUUCCCCCGGGCUGUGCCCGGUUUCCCCCCACCAUAAUGCUAGCCGCAGUCGUAUAAGUGAAAUAUUUUUUAGUACGGUGUAAAACACCAAUCAAAUAAAUAGAUGAAUAAACAAUAAAAU